CGUUGGAGAAUUCACAUUUGAUUAAAGUAAUAAAUCAGUGUAUCGCGUUGAGAAGAAGUGCUUGAACCUGCAACUAUGAGUUCUAACAGGGUGUACUCUGCAUCGCCUUGUGAUAUCUCUUCUGCAUAUAAUAAGUGUGCGAGAUACAUGCGAAAAAUUUUCAAGUUUGAUCAGAUGGAUUUUCAGUUCGCCCUGUGGCAAAUGUUAUAUUUGUUUAUCGCACCGCAAAAAUUGAUCAAAGUGUUUAGAGCUAGAAAACUUUCAAAAUCCCAGUACGCCCGUGAUGACCCUGCGUUUUUGGUACUCUUUGCUGGAGCACUCAGUAUCACCACUGUAGGAUUUUCCAUUGUGCUGAAACUAUCCUUCCUUCAAUUCGUUAAGUUUUUAUUUUUUGUUGUAUUCGUGGACUGUAUUGGAUUGGGACUUUUAGUUGCCACUUUAUUUUGGUACUUAACCAAUACUUUCUUGAAACCAAAAACUAAUCUACAGGACGUUGAGUGGGGUUUUUCAUUCGAUGUCCACCUUAAUGCUUUUUUUCCUCCGCUGAUAUUACUCCACUUCAUCCAGUUAUUUUUUUAUAAUGGAAUCAUAAGUCACGACUGGUUUUUGUCUAUUCUUUUGGGUAAUACUUUCUGGCUUUGCUCCUGUUUGUAUUACUUUUAUAUAACUUUUUUAGGGUAUAACGCUCUGCAGAUUCUGAAUAAUACGAGAUAUUUUUUGGUGCCUGUACCUUGGGUGGUUUUGUUGUAUUUGAUAAGUAUAUUUAUCAAAUUUAAUAUAUCCCAUAAUCUGAUGAGUUUCUAUAGGUAUAGAGUGUUGUAAUUUUAGCAAGCUAAUUUGUUUUGCAUGUUUAAUAUUAUGCCGAAAUAUUGAAGAAUAAUAAAAAAAAUUAAGUA